AUGAAGGGUCUGCCGAUUCGUCUGAUCCGGAACCUCCUCCCGAGUGUAACCCUAAACAGAAUAAAUUGUACCCACUUAUUGAAGCACCUGGAAAAUGUGUGUGAGCAUAUGGCCCUGGUGGGGAGGUACACCCAGGGGGGGUCAGCGCGAAGGAGAGUGACAAGUAGGCACAUGAAGAAGGUGGAGAGGAACAAAGGGGGAGGCACCUCCACGAAGGAGACAAUCGGAAGGAGUAAAUUAUUUGACCAAGUGGAUGAGCAGCUUAACAAAGCGGUGGUUCUUCUCCCGGAGUUUGGGCCCAGUGGAAUCAUUCGGUUGUUAUAUGCUUUGCAAAAAAUAAAAGAUGAAAAAAAAAAGAGAAAAAAAAAAAGCGUCCUCAAACGGAUUGAGUACUACCUACUGCGAGGCUCCCUGAAUGAUAGCCUUUACCAUUUUUGGAGUCACCUAAGGAUAAAUGAUGCCAUCCUCUUGUUUAGGAUGUUUAUAAAGAACAGCUAUUUUGAGCCAGCCCUUCUUGGCAAGCUCAUCGGGGAGGUGGUGCACAAUGGGGAGUUCUGCACAUCCUCCGACGUGGUGCUUUUCCUGCGUUCGUAUCAUUUUUACAGAUGGAAGGUAAAGAGGAUUAAACGAUGGAGGUGUAGAGAAGUUUCCCUCUCGGAUGACUGCCUCAGGAAGCUCUUCCACCUCAUCGUGCGCAACCAGUUUGAUCUCACCCACAAGGAGAUGUGCACCUUUUUUUGCCUCUUCUCCAUCUACGGGCGUGUUUUGCCCUUUGAUGAGCGGUGGGUAAUUUAUAGCAAGGCGAUCCAAUUUGUAGAGAGGACUCAACUGGCCUACUCCCCAAGACAAGUGAAAAGUUUCAUCCUAAGUCUCUUUAGGGUUAGCUCCUUCCUGUUUGAUGGGGCGGGGGUCCCUCAAGGGGGGAGCGAUUCCCAUGUGGAGAGACUCUCUGAGGAGGGUCUAUCUGAGGAGGGUCUAUCUGAGGAGAGCCUAUCUGAGGAGGGUCUUUCCGUGGAGAAACUAUCUGAAGAGUGCCUACCCGUGGUGAAGCCCACCUUGCGCAGCUUAUUUCACCUUUACAAGAGCCAAAAUACGGACGUCCGGGUGGAAGACGAGUUGCGAAUCCUGGAGAGCGCCCUGCACAGUCACUACUACCACUAUGACAGCCUCGAGAGCAUUCUCUUCCACAUAAAGAAUAACUUUGCCCAGUUGGGCCUUUCGAAUGGGCUAAAAUUUGUUCGCUUGGUUAGGAAGCUGCGAGGUGUGCACUUGGCCGAUGGGGCGGUGCAUACAGAGGUGUGCAUGUCAAACACGGAGAGGAAAUUUGUGCGCCAUAUGUUGGACCACAUUUUAAGCAACUGCGCGGAGGUAUUCAGGGCCCGGUAUAGGUACCCUCCGCGGAAAGUUAGGGGCGUCCUCUCACUUGACCGCUUCGCGCCUGUGGAGGGGGAGCCGAACCACGAGAUCACCGGUUUGCAUCCCUAGGGGCACGUCUCCAGUUCUUGGCCGAGUUACUUUUUUUUUAAUUUAUUUUAUUUUAUUUUUUCUAUUUUUGCUGCUCCCCCGUGAGAGGUGGCGUGCUGGACCGCUCGCUGGUACAUCUCAUGCUGGUGGGCCUUCACCUGAGCGGGCCCUUCGGAAUGACCUGACCCCCACGAGAAGGGGCACACGCACAUGCCAACUUAAUGAACACGUGAGAACAUACGAAGUGGAUGGCUACACCACGGUCGCUAAAAUGAUAAGCAGUUUGAUGUGCACAGAGUGGGGACCGCCCGUGGGGGAGACUAUACUGCUGCGGAUCGCAGCAUCUGCGUCGGAAAGGAAGAAAAAAAAAAAAAGGAAAAAAAAGGAAAAUUCCUCCAUUUUUUCGUUUUUACCGCUUUUUUUUUGCCGUACAUUUUAUAGUAACAACUGGGGCAAUUUUCUCCC